CGACGUUGAGAAAAGUAACACACACCAAGUGAUUUUCGGGCAGACAGAACUGCGCGGUAAAAGAAGAGAGACACAAACAAAAACAUGUGGUUGGGGCUCUGAGAAAAUUGGUAGGAGACGCUGGUACCUCUGAGUCGUGACUGGACGCAGACAUCAUGGGUUUGCACUCAUCCCAGAAGAAGCAUUUCCCCCUGCGAGGGAUCGACGGCGUUGUUCAGCUGUUCGACGCUGAGCUCCGGAAGUCCGAACCGGACCUAGCUCUUCUCUCUCUGGUGUUGGGUUUUGUUGAGCACUUCCUGGCUGUGAACCGGGUCAUUCCCAUAAACGUUCCGGGGGUCCGGUUUGAACCUCUGGAGCCAGACUGUCCCACCUCAUGCUUCCCCACAGUGGAGCUGGGCAUGAUUUCAGCACUUUAUGAGCGCUUCACGGCCCAGAUCCGUGGAGCGGUGGACCUGUCCCAGUACCGGAGGACUGCUGCAGGGUCCAGCAGGGAGCUGGUGAAGAAAGUGUCAGAUGUUAUCUGGAAUAGUCUCAGCCGGUCCUACUUCAAGGACCGAGCUCACAUCCAGUCCCUCUUCAGCCUCAUCACAGGCACCAAGCUGGACAGCUCUGGGGUAGCGUUCGCAGUGGUGGCAGCCUGUCAGGUGUUGGGUCUGAAGGACGUUCAUCUCGCUCUGUCCGAGGACCACGCAUGGGUGAUAUUUGGGAAAAAUGGCGAAGAGACGGCAGAGGUCACAUGGCACGGGAAGGGUAACGAAGACCGGCGAGGACAAACGGUUGCAGCAGGAGUCAAUGAGAAGAGCUGGCUGUACCUGAAGGGCUCGUACAUGAAAUGUGACAGAAACAUGGAGGUUGCCUUCAUGGUUUGUGCCAUCAACCCCUCACUGGACCUGCACACUGACAGCUCUGAGCUCCUGCAGCUACAACAGAAACUCCUUUGGUUGCUGUAUGAACGAGGCAACCUGAGCAGAUAUCCGAUGGCCAUGGGCACGCUGGCCGACCUGGAGGAUCAGGAUCCAAUACCAGGAAAGGACAACCCCCUGAACAUUCAUCUCAAGGCGGUCAGUUCUGCCCAGAAGUUCUACAACAACGAGCACAUUUACCCCUACAUGUACCUGGGUGGUUUCCACUACAGACACAGGAAUGUGAGGGAGGCUCUGAAGGCGUGGGCCGAGGCCGCUCAGGUCAUGCAGGACUAUAACUAUUUCCGUGAGGAUGAGGAGAUCUACAAGGAGUUCUUUGACAUUGCAAAUGACGUCAUCCCCACACUGCUAAAGGAGACGGCUGCGGCUGAGAGUCCUGGAGAGGACGGAGAAGCUGGAGACGGGACUGACAAGGACAACGGCAGGCAGGUGGCCGCCCUCUCAGCGCUCCAGGACCCAGAAUGCUUUGCUCACCUGCUUCGUUUUUACGACGGCAUCUGUAAAUGGGAGGAGGGAAGUCCCACGCCGGUUCUUCAUGUGGGCUGGGCCACGUACCUCGUCCAGUCUCUGAGCCGCUUCGAUGCUCAGGUGCGUCAGAAGGUGACCAUCAUCACAAAGGAGCCGGAGUGCCAGGAUGAUGAUGAUCAGUCCAGCGAUGAUCUUCGGGAAGGCCGCAGGCGAGGUCCCAGGAGGGAGUCCAAGCUGGAGGACCAGAGUUCUCCACCUUCCACCACCCCCACCUCCCCAUCGACCCAGCCGUCGGCCGCAGCUCAGCCCAAAAAGGUGGGAGAUGGAGGCAUCCGACGCCGCUCUUCACAGACCCUGAGGGCCGGAGACAUGGAAGGAACACCCAAGUCCCCGAGUCAGGACUCGGUCUCCUCUCCGUCGUCCCAGCGGCAGGCGUCCCCCUGCCCGGCCGGCCCUGUAGUCAGCUUCCAGAGCGAGAAGAUGAAGGGGAUGAAGGAGCUGCUGUGUGCAGCCAAGGUGAACUCCAGCGCCAUCAAGCUGCAGCUCACCGCUCAAUCCCAGGUCCAGAUGAAGAGGCAGAAGAGCACGCCGGCUGGAGACUACUCCAUGUCCUUCAUGAAGCGCCAGCGCAAGUCGCUGUAGGACAAACCACCCCCACUUCCUGUUUGUCGACCUGUUUACUGCUGUUUCAUCCACAGGACCCCCUCAGUCUGAAGCCUCUGAGUCCUGAGCAAUGUUUGACUUGCACAGAUGAUGGUGAUGACAUAUCAGAUCAGAAGGAGAAAACAUUUCAUUUAGUUUUUAUUUAAAAUCAUUUCUAGUGACCAGCUCUGAUAGAUUGGGAGCGUUCAGCCAACGUCAGCUCAGUGAUGCGACUUCUCAUCGAAGCCAAAGUGAAGAGGAUCUCCCGACACCCUCCGGUCAUGACUGAAGCCUUGAAGUGAUGAAUUUAGGAUAGUUACUGUGUAACAUUGUCCACUCUGUUUCUAUUGACAGCUUCUUUCUUGCUAGCUCUGUGUUGCCUUACGUUGUUUUUGUUGUUUUCUACAGUAGGUGGCCUUUAGUUUGGAGAACGUCGGGCCGAUUUCUGAAGAGUUGAGGAGACCAGACAGACCAUGCACUGUUGAGUCAGAGCCACUAUAGGUGGUCCUGCUACUUCCUGUUUGCUUGAUGACUUGAUCUUGUUGGUUUUUUUUGUAUCUGCCAGUAAUAAAGAUCUGAUGAAAACCUGAA